AUGGAUGAGUUUUACAAUGAUGAAAGUUUUGUGGAUAGUGAUAGCUGCGAAAUCAUGUCCAUCCAGGGAGAAGGGAACACUAAAUCUGAUAGUCAAGAAAAUCCACUAGAUCAUCUAGAUCUACCACAUCAACGGGCCUCUAUUAAGAAGACCAGCAAGGAUCUACUAGCACCGGGAAUUGAUAGGCAUCAGAAUUGCUUGAUUGGAGUGCUAUUGGGCGACAGAAACUUUAGUCGGAAUAAGAUGCAAGCAUAUGUACGAGAGUUGGGGAGGAAAAGCUAUGGUCACCAGAAAGGAAGACAAAGCUUAUGUCUUCAGGCCCAGAGCAUCCUUGAUGACUGUGACUAUGCAUGCGAUGAACGCAAGGAACUCUUCCCCACAUCAAUGAGAACCCAUGGAAACAAAUCCCAAAAGAAGAAUAUCAAGUUAUCUAAAAGGUACAUGACUCAAUGUGCACAUUAUUUCCAAGGUAUAAGGGACGACACAAUCUUGGAGGGUUUCAAUUUUACGAGAAAAAAACAGGCCACAACUUUCAGGACCAAUCUAAGGUUAGCAAUACAAACAGCAGAGACAAAAAUGAUGGAAACGGAACACUCCCUCCAGCAGCAACCUCAGCCACCGCAGUCGGCGUUGUCGGAUCCGGGGCCAUCACAACCGGCAGAAUUACCUGGAAGCUCAACCUUACUCGCAGCCAUGACUCAGCUGGUGACACGUGUCGAUAGGUCUCCGUCACCGAUUUCCUGGGACUGGUUCUUCAAUAAAGAUUCCGGCAAACUAGAAGAAGUUUUUUCCCCUUUGAAGAUCCAACAACUGAAGAGAGAGGAAACUAAAAAAGUGACGGCAAUUCAAGUUCCCAAUCUGGAUGGAGUUCUCGGAAGAAGGACAACUCCAUCAUCCCCGACAGAGAGGAAGACUCCAAUAAAUUUACAACUUCUAAGCAAGAGAGAUAGAGCUUCAUUUGCAGAAGGAGGGACAGACACUCCAACAACACUCACGCCGCCAAAUAAAAGGAGGAAUCUCCUAGAGGCAGGGCAAAGGGUGAAUUACGAGAAGUCCAGCUUGAUAACAAGUCCCAACACCAAAAGACAAAAUCAAAACCAAGGGCAGCAAAUUCAGGAAAUAGAAUUAAGGCAAGUCAGCGUUGCAAGUGAGAGUUCGAGAUUGAUUGAACAGAGACAAUCCAAAUUCUUCAUCAGAAUAGAUGGUGCUUUCAAACAAGACUCGUGGAAAGGUGGAGCAGCUUGGGAGAUUGUGUCAGAAUCCAGAAUUCACAUCUCAUCAAGAAGGGAAACCCUUUUUGCCCAAUCUGCUUUACAUACGGAAGCUAGAGCUUGUCUAAGGGGACUUCAAUCACCAAGAGAUCUAGGCCCUAGCGAUGUGGACCUACAAACAGAUAAUGUGGCGGUUUCAGCAAUAAUAAGAGGAAAAGCUUUCCCAGAACAUUUAACAGAUUUAGGAGUAGACAUUCACAGUUUGGCGCAGUCUAUCCCGAAUACAAAUAUGUAUAAAGUAGACAGGUCCAUAGUUGAGAAUGUGCAUAAAAUUAGCUAA